AUGGCGGAGGAGAUCAUCGAGCAUUUCCAGACUGCUGAAAGAGACUAUACUGUCACCCGGACAAGGUUCAUUAAGCGAGAGCUCAAACCUAGCGAGUAUCACAAGAGACAGUUCGGUAAUUUUGGAACUAUAGUACCGCGACGAGUACGUGAGCGGCUCGAGAAUGAGAAAGAUGCGUACAGAUUCGUCGCCGAGCACACGAAGAUUCCGGUCCCCAAGGUUUUAGACUUCCUGGAGGAAGAUGGCAUCUGCACCCUGAUCGUCGAACGCGUCGAGGGCAACAUCAUGGAAAUUGUACUCGAUGAAUUAGAUGGAGAAGACCGGAAAAGACUCAUCCACAAUGUAACAGCAUUCGUUGAGCAAAGCGUUCUGCCACAGCUGAGGAAAUUUACAUCUAACAGACUGGGUGGUGUGAGUGGACUCGUCAUACCACCAAACCGUGUGACCUUCCGAGACCAGAGGCCCGAAUGGAGGUCUCGAACGUUUUCCGAGAACCAGUUUACCUUCUGUCACAAUGAUCUAGCAAGGCACAACAUCAUGGUCAACCCGAAAACACUAGAGGUCACAGCAAUCAUUGACUGGGAGUCAUCAGGGUUCUAUCCUGCAGAGUUCGAGGCUGACAUGUGGUCAAGAUCGUAUCGGGAUUAUGUGCCAGAUGAAGCUUCUACAGACCGGCUGAUCAGGCUUCUGGACCAACCAUCAGCAGAAAACUUCCCGGUCACAAUGAUUGACAUUCCGGACGGGGUAAUCUAUAUGUGGCAGACGGAAGAUCGUGAUAGACAUUGUACCCUCACUCCAUCCACGUUCACAAAACGCCAACUGCGCCCUUACGAGAAAAGUCUCGGUGUUCAGGGGACAAUCACCCCAUUUCCGUGGUCUCGAGAGCGGCUGAAAAACGAGAAGAAAGCACUGGAGUUUAUUGCUGAGCACACUUCAAUACCCGUGGCUCGCGUUCAUGCCUUCAAUGAAGAAGCCGGAAUCAGCAGCCUUACUACAAAGAUCCCUGUUCCUGGGGCAAGGAUGGACAUCUUGGCUAGAAGACUCAGCAACCGUGAUAAGGCAAUCCUUCUUACGCACGUCAACACUUUUGUCAAUCAGAUCGUCCUACCCCAACUCAAUACCUUGCGGUCGAGUAAGCUUGGCGGAAAAAUUGGAAUGACCAUUCCUCCUAUUCGAGUCUGGAAGCGUGACAAGAGACUUUCCUGGCCUGCAAGAACAUCAAACACGAACCGAUAUGUAUUCUGCCACAAUGAAAUAUCGCAAGAAUAUAUAUGGGUCGAUCCGAAAACAUUGCAGGUCGUUCUUCUCCAGAACUGGGAAUGUUCUGGGUAUUACCCACCCGAGUUCGAAUAUCCCUACUGGCGUAAGGCCAGGGACGAGUGGAUGAACAAUGAUGACGAAGUGGACCGUCUCAUCCUAUUUCUUGACAAACCAGGUAAGGGAUCUGAAAGCCGACUGUUCGACCGCACGAUGCUAAGAACUUUGCAGAUGAACAACCUCUCGUGA